GCCACGAGGUAUUCGAUGCGUUCAGGGCCUCUAACCAGCGCGGUUCGGUUCAGUCCAGUAGCCUGACCAUCUCCCUUUCCGCGUUCAAGUCGCUCGUCUUCUCUUUGGGCGCUUUGGGUUUGAAGGCCGAGGAGAGCAGCUCCUUCUGGAUCCUCUGCUCCCUCUGCCGCCGGAGCAGGGCCAACGUCUCCUUCCUCUGGGCCGCCACGGACAAGUACCGCUGCCGCUCGUCCUCCCGCUGCUCGGGCUGCUCGCCGCGAGGCGGAGGCGGCCGCGAGUGGACGCUUCGCUCCGGCCGGGACACGGGCAACCUCUGCGGGAUGUCCGCCGACACCAGGCGGGACUCGAGCGGCGUCGGCAUGCACAAGGAGCUCCACAGCUGCCGGGCGUGGGCCACGUCCUCCGGGGAGGAGCCGCUGAACACGGCGGGUCUCGUGGUCCCGUUCCAGGCCCAGGUGUCAUGGUCAUAUUUUGGGUAGGAGGAGGGGGAGGAAGUUCCUCCUCAUCCUCCUCACCCUCCUCAUCAGUGGCACCAGCAGCGUACCCGCCGUGAGAUCGUAGUCUCGUCCGGAGUCGAGCCUUCGUCCUGCACCGAGGAGCCGACCUGAGCACAGCCAGAUAUCAAGCGGACUCCCCUGCGAGCACCAGAAUCCGAUCCAGCCUCCGCCGGCCAUUUUGACAUUCACUGCGACACGCACGUUCCCCACAUGGCGGACCCGACGGCGGACGACAGCAAGUUCCUGUUCCUGCAGAACGACUUCCGGAACAGUGGCGUGGCACAGGCCGACUGGGCGGCCAAGAAGAUGGUGUGGGUGCCCUCGGAGAGGGAAGGCUUCGAGGCGGCAAGCAUCAAGGAGGAAAAGGGCGAUGAGGUGCUGGUGGAGCUGUCCAACGGGCGCAAGGCGACGGUGAACAAGGACGACAUCCAGAAGAUGAACCCGCCCAAGUUCAGCAAGGUGGAGGACAUGGCCGCCCUCACCUUCCUCAACGAGGCCUCCGUCCUGCAGAACCUGCGAGAGAGAUACUUCUCCAGCCUCAUCUACACGUACUCGGGGCUCUUCUGCGUGGUGGUGAACCCGUACAAGAUGUUGCCCAUCUACUCGGAGAAGAUCAUUGAGAUGUACAAGGGCAAGAAGCGUCACGAGGUGCCACCUCACAUCUACUCCAUCACCGACAACGCCUACAGGAACAUGAUGCAAGACCGCGAGGAUCAGUCCAUCCUCUGCACCGGAGAGUCCGGAGCGGGCAAGACGGAAAACACCAAGAAGGUGAUCCAGUAUCUGGCCCUCGUAGCCUCGUCGCACAAAGGCAAAAAGGAAGCAAAUCCUCCGGCACAACAGCAAACACAACAACAACCAGCCGGAUCACUGGCUUACGGGGAACUCGAGAAGCAGCUGCUGCAGGCCAACCCCGUCCUGGAGGCCUUCGGCAACGCCAAGACCAUCAAGAACGACAACUCGUCACGAUUUGGAAAGUUCAUCAAGCUCAACUUCGACGUGACCGGAUACCUGGUCGGCGCAAACAUUGACACGUACCUUCUGGAAAAGUCUCGCUGCAUCCGUCAGGGCAACACUGAGCGAGCCUUCCACAUCUUCUACUACAUGGUGGCCGGAGCCAAGGACAAAUUGAAAGAGGAGCUUCUUCUGGAGGGCUUCAGCAGCUAUCGUUUCCUGGUGGCGGGACACGUGGAGGUUUCCGGCAUCGAGGACGAUGAGCUGUUUGUGGAGACCCUGGAGGCCAUGGAGAUCAUGGGCUUCACUGAGGAGGAGAGAAUAGGGAUGUUGAAGGUGGUCUCCACGGUUCUCCAGCUGGGAAACGUCAAGUUUGAGAAGGAACGAAACACGGAGCAAGCCACCAUGCCGGACAACACGGCUGCCCAGAAGGUGUGCCACCUGCAAGGUAUCAACGUGACCGACUUCACCAGGGCCUUCUUGACGCCCAGGAUCAAAGUGGGCCGGGAGGUAGUUCAGAAGGCUCAGACCAAGCAGCAGGCUGACUUUGCUGUGGAGGCGUUGGCUAAAGCUAUGUAUGAGCGUCUCUUCCGCUGGAUCCUGGCGAGAGUCAACAAGACUCUGGACAAGAGUAAGAGGCAGUCUUCGUCCUUCCUGGGGAUACUGGACAUCGCUGGAUUUGAGAUUUUCGAGGACAACUCAUUUGAGCAGCUGUGCAUCAACUACACCAAUGAACGUCUGCAGCAGCUCUUCAACCACACCAUGUUCGUCCUGGAGCAGGAGGAGUACAAGCGCGAGGGCAUAGAAUGGAACUUCAUCGACUUCGGCUUGGACCUGCAGCCCUGCAUCGAGCUCAUCGAGAGGGGGAACAACCCACCGGGCAUCCUGGCCCUGCUAGACGAAGAGUGCUGGUUCCCCAAAGCCACAGACAUCUCCUUCGUUGACAAGCUGUUGAACACACACGCCAGUCACGUCAAGUUCUCCAAACCCAAACAGCUCAAAGACAAGCUGAUGUUCACUGUUGCGCACUACGCCGGAAAGGUGGACUACAACGCGGCCAGCUGGCUGACCAAGAACAUGGACCCGCUGAACGACAAUGUGACCGCCCUACUCAGCAACUCCUCCAGCAACUUCAUUCAGGAUCUGUGGAAAGAUGCGGAUCGAGUGGUAGGCCUGGAGACCAUGGCCAAGAUGUCCGAGAGCUCCGUGCCCACCUCCACCAAAUCCAAGAAGGGAAUGUUUCGUACAGUGGGCCAGCUGUACAAAGAGUCCCUGGGGAAAUUGAUGACUACGCUGCACAACACGCAACCUAACUUUGUGCGGUGCAUUAUCCCCAACCACGAGAAGAGGGCGGGUAAGAUGGACGCCAACCUGGUUCUGGAGCAGCUGAGGUGUAACGGUGUGCUGGAGGGGAUCAGGAUCUGCCGGCAGGGAUUCCCAAACCGCAUCGUAUUCCAGGAGUUCAGGCAGAGGUACGAGAUCCUGGCGGCUAAUGCCAUCCCGAAGGGCUUCAUGGACGGGAAGCAGGCAUGCUGCUUGAUGGUGAAGCAUUUGGACCUCGAUCCCAACCUGUACCGUAUCGGCCAGAGUAAGAUGUUCUUCAGGACUGGAGUGUUGGCUCAGCUGGAGGAAGAGCGAGACCUUAAGCUCACCGUGAUCAUCAUCUCCUUCCAGGCGCAAGCCCGAGGCUUCCUGGCCCGGAAGGCUUUCAGCAAACGUCAGCAACAGCUGAGCGCCAUGAAGGUGAUCCAGAGGAACUGCGCUUGUUACCUCAAACUCAAGAAUUGGCAGUGGUGGAGGCUCUUCACCAAGGUGAAGCCCCUGCUGCAGGUGACCCGCCAAGAGGAGGAAAUGGGUCAGAAGGAUGAGGAACUCAAGGCUGCGAAGGAAGUGGCGGCCAAGAAGGAGGCCGAACUCAAGGACAUCACACAGAAACACAUGCAGCUGAUGGAGGAACGAGCCCAACUUGAGACUAAGCUCCACGCCGAGACGGAGCUGUACGCCGAAGCCGAGGAGAUGAGGGUGCGCCUUGAGGCCAAGAAGCAGGAGCUGGAGGAGGUCCUGCAUGAGAUGGAGGCCCGGCUGGAGGAGGAGGAAGAGCGCGGUGCUUCCCUGCAGCAGGAGAAGAAGGACAUGGAACACCAGCUGCAGAAUAUGGAGGCCCACUUGAUGGAAGAAGAAGACGCCCAUCAGAAACUGCAGCUGGAGAAGGUUGCCGUGGAGGGAAAGGUGAAGAAACUGGAGGAGGACGUCCUCCUGAUGGAGGACCAGAAUAAUAAACUACAAAAGGAGCGAAAGCUUCUGGAGGAGAGGAUGGUGGAUUUAAACUCCAACCUUGCCGAGGAGGAGGAAAAGUCCAAGAACUUAACCAAGCUGAAGGCCAAGCACGAGUCUAUGAUCUCCGACUUGGAGGUGCGUUACAAAAAGGAGGAGAAGGGUCGCCUGGACAUGGAGAAGGCCAAGAGGAAGUUGGAGGCCGAGCUGGCAGAGCUCCACGAGCAGCUGGCCGACCUCCGGGCACAACUAGCCGAGCUUCGAGCGCAGCUGGCCUCCAAGGAAGAUGAGCUGCAGGCCACGCAAGCUCGAUUGGAUGAGGAGAGCAACCAGCGGGGCCUGGCGGUGAAGAAGGUUCGGGAGCUGGAGACCCUGCUGUCUGAGGUCCAGGAGGACCUGGAGGCCGAAAGGGGGGCCCGGGCCAAGGUGGAGGCGGCAAGGCGGGACCUUGGGGAGGAACUGAAUGCCCUGCGCUCAGAACUGGAGGACAGCCUGGAUACCACCGCAGCACAGCAGGAACUACGGGCAAAGCGCGAGCAGGAGGUGGCCAUGUUGAAGAAAGCCAUGGAGGAGGAGGGCCGCAGUCAUGAGGCCCAAAUCCAGGAUUUAAGGCAGAAGCAUGGCCAGGUGGUGGAGGAACUCUCAGACCAGCUGGAACAGGCCAAGAGAGUCCGGGCAGGUCUGGAGAAAGCCAAGCAGGCCCUGGAUAAGGAGUCUUCUGACCUGACUGCUGACUUGCGCUCCCUGGCCGCCGCCAAGCAGGAUGUUGACCACAAGAAGAAGAAGGUGGACGCUCAGCUCAACGACAUCAACGCUCGCUUCAACGAGAGCGAGAGACAGAGGAACGAACUAGGGGACAAAGUCUCCAAGAUGACCGUGGAGCUGGAGAACUUGAGCAGUCUUCUAAACGAAGCAGAAGGAAAGAACAUCAAGCUGUCUAAAGAUGUUUCCGGGCUGUCUUCGCAGCUCCAAGACACUCAGGAGCUUCUCUCUGAAGAGACGCGUCAGAAGCUGAACAUGUCGGGACGUCUGCGGCAGAUGGAGGAAGACCGGAUCAGUUUGACAGAGCAGCUGGAGGAGGAGAGCGAGGCCAAGCGUGUCUUGGAGAGGCAGGUGUCCAGCCUCAACAUGCAGCUCUCUGACUGCAAGAAGAAGGUGGACGAGUCCCUGAGUUCGGUGGAGCUGCUGGAGGAAGGUAAGAAGCGUCUACUGCGAGACCUCGAGGCGGCCAGCAACGAGUAUGAGGAGAAGGCCUCGGCCUACGACAAGCUGGACAAGAGCCGCAGCCGAGUGCAGCAGGAGCUGGAAGACGUCCUCAUAGACCUGGAGGGACAGCGGCAGCUCGUCUCAAACUUGGAGAAGAAGCAGAAGAAGUUUGACCAGAUGCUGGCCGAGGAGCGAGCCAUAUCCUGCAAGUUUGCCGAGGAGCGAGAUCGAGCCGAGGCGGAGGCAAGGGAGAAGGAAACCAAAGUCUUGGCUCUGUCCAGAGGGCUGGAGGAGAGCCGGGAGGCUCUGGAGGAGGCGGCGAAGACCAACAAAAGCCUCCGAGCCGAGAUGGAGGACCUUAUCAGUUCUAAGGAUGAUGUGGGACGGAGCGUCCAUGACUUGGAAAAGGCCAAGCGUGGCCUUGAGGCCGUGGCGGAGGAAAUGAAGGCCCACAUGGAGGAGCUGGAGGAUGAGCUGCAAGUGGCCGAGGACGCCAAGCUACGUAUGGAGGUCAACGGCCAGGCCCUCAAAGCACAACACGAGAGGGACCUGCAGACCCGCGAGGAGACUGGAGAGGAGAAAAGGAAGCAGCUCCUUAAGCAGGUGCGCGAGAUGGAGUCUGAGCUAGAGGAGGAGAAGAAACAGCGCGCUCAGGCAUCAGCCAGCAAGAAGAAGCUGGAAGGAGAACUUAAGGACACGGAGGACCAGCUGGAGGCCACCAAUAGGGGGCGUGACGAGGCGCUCAAGCAGCUGCGCAAGAUCCAGGGCCAGGUGAAGGAUCUCCAACGGGAGCUGGAGGACUCUCGCGCCGCCCAGAAGGAGGUCCUCGCCUCGGCCAGGGAGACAGAGCGCAAAUCCAAAGUCACGGAGGCUGACUUGGUGCAGCUAAACGAGAUGCUUGCGACGGUCGAGCGAGCUCGAAAGCAGACGGAGGCGGAAAGAGAUGAGUUGGCCGAGGAGCUUGCCAGUAACUCCUCUGGAAAGACCGUGCUGUCCGAUGAAAAGCGCCGCCUAGACGCCAAGAUCAGCCAUCUGGAAGAAGAACUGGAGGAGGAGCAGACCAACAUGAUGAACCUCAACGAGCGUCUGAGGAAGAGCCAGCAGCAGGUGGAGCAGCUUAGCGCCGAGCUGACGUCGGAGCGAGCAUCUUCGCAGGCCAAGGAGGCCGCCAGGCAGCAGCUGGACAAGCAGAACCGAGAGUUGAAGGCCAAAGUUCAGGAGAUGGAAGGCCAGGGACGAUCCAAGCUCAAAUCCUCGGUGGGCGCCCUGGAGAACAAACUGAGGGAGAUGGAGGAGCAGAUGGAGGUGGAGAGCAGGGAGCGUCAGGCCGGAGCCAAGAACCUGCGUCAAAAGGAGAAGAAACUGAAGGACUUAAGCGUCCAGAUGGAGGACGAGAGGAAACAGGCGCAGCAGUACAAAGAUCAGGCCGAGAAGAGUAACACGCGUGUGAAGCAGCUGAAGCUUCAGCUGGAGGAGGCAGAGGAGGAAGUGCAGCGCAUGGCCGCCGCCCGCAGGAAGUUGCAGAGGGAGCUGGACGAGGCAGCAGAGGCCAACGACGCCCUCGGCAGGGAGGUCGCAGCGCUCAAGAGCAAAUGCAGGCGUGGUGGCGAGGCGAGUUUCGGCAGCUCUAGCCCUCGUACUAGCGGCGGCGGCGGCGGCCUCGGUCUUGGCGGAGGUUCCAUGAGGAGCUUUGGGGGGCUGACAGGAGGAAGCGUUGGCCGAAACAGGAGCACCAUCGUGGAGAACUCGGUGGAGAUCCCCGAGGAAGACGAGGAGGAGGAGAAAGCUCGCUCGCCGUCUCCCGCCGCACGAAGCCCCCUGCCUGAGGCUUCCGAGGAGCUCCACGAUACCCCUCCGGAUGAGUAAACAAGUUAUAGCCCCACCUGUUGCUUCGGCAUGCACUUAACAGCCUGUGCGACGUUCAAAAUAUUAAACUAGCAAUUAGUGCAACAUGUUGAGCAACAAAAUAAGAGAUCAUACUUUUCUUUGUCACAAAAAUGUUAUAUUUAGCGACAAAAUUACAAUAUUUGGUCACAAAAGUUCUAUCGCUGACCAACAAAAUGUUGUACCCUGUCCCCCAAAAUGUUAUCAUGCUCAUAAAGUCGUAUACUUGGCCACACGAACGCCCUUUUCCUAAAAACAUGACAUAUUGUCACAAAUGUUUUUUUCACAUUUUGCCACAAAAUUGUCAGCUACAGUACAAUAUUUGCGCAGAAAAAUGCAAUAGUUGACUACAAGACACUCUGCAUUGUUACAAAAAUACUUGCUUGGUCACAGUCUUACGGUUGACCAUAAAGAAAAGUUGGAUUUUGGUACACAAAUUUUAUAUUAAAAAUGUUAUGUACUAUAUUGUUACAAAAAUUUUAUAUUUGUCCACAAAAAAAAAAGGAUAUUUGGCUAAAAGGUAUGUUAAUACCCCAAAAAAAGUGUAACGUUUGUUCAAAAUGCAAUCAUUGACUACAAAAAGUCAGAUUUUAGCAGAAAAACAUUUUUAUAUUUGGCCACAAGUGCAAUAUUUGUGAAAUAAAAUGCACCAAAAUGUUAUAUUUUGCCCCAAAGCACAUUGGUUUUGCCAUGAAUACACUAGAUUUGCUCACGUGUGCUUAUGAACACAUUUGAACAUAUUUAUUGGAAUAUUAAUUAGUUACAAAUGCAAUUAUUUUUUUUGUAU